GGCUUUUCGAUUUAGUCCUGCAAACGGAUUCGUUCCAAACGGUCGCUGCUCGCUAGCCGAACGUGAAGCUACGCCAAAAAAGAACUGAAAUACUGAAGCAAAGUUUAUUGGAAAUACAAAAACAUAAAUAAACACAAAUUUAUACUGAAAACAUUUCGAUAGCGCGUGCCGAAAACAAAAUAUUUGCUCUACUUUCGAUUUGUGCCGCAUUCCGUUGACGUCUGCCCCGGCCGACUAGUGCUUGAAAACGAAGAGAAACAUCUGAGAAAUCAAAGGAGAAGACUUCUGAAUUGACCACUGGCGCUCUGUUUAUUUUUGCAUCAUCUGCAGACAUCUCUGCGGGAGUUUUGUUCAUGGAAGCAACUGGCGCCAGUCAAAGAGCAAACCCACUCGCAGAUACAACAGCACGGACAACAGCAGCAACAACAACAACACCGACAACAACAACAAGGACAGCAAAUGUGGUCACAGCUAAAACAAAAUGUGCAAAAUAAAACACGCAACUGUGGCGACAACAACCACUCUACUAAAAACCUAAAUGCCAUAAACUGAAUAGUCCUCGUAGCGAAAAGUGCAAAGCUAGAACAUAAUAAAAAAACAAACUAAAUAGAAGAAAAAAGAGAAACAAACAGGCGGAAUCGGAAGUGGGCUGAACGAACAAAUAAAACUGCACGCACACGGCGACAGCCACAAACAGGAAGUCAAGACAGUCACAGUCACAGUCACAGUCACAGUCACAGUCACGGUCACAGUCAGAGUCACUGUCCCAGUCGGUUAAGCGAUUUCAGAGAAACAUGUAUGCGGCACUAAUGGACAUGAGCCAGAUGCUGGCUGCAAGCCUGGCCUACGCGCCAGCGGAGUCAAGCUCCGCUGCAGCUGCUGCCGGGGUCAAUCUUAGCCAGCUCAGCAACUCCAGUCAGCUGGAUGGAUCGUCCGUGGUAACGGUAGCCACAGCAGCGACAGUGGGCCAGCAUAAUGCCAGCAUCGAGGAGUCCUCGUAUGUGAAGGUAUUGGAUCGCCCGGAGACCUAUAUUGUCACCGUGCUCUACACGCUCAUCUUCAUCGUGGGCGUGCUGGGCAAUGGCACUUUGGUCAUCAUAUUCUUUCGCCAUCGUUCCAUGCGCAACAUACCCAACACCUACAUCCUCUCCCUGGCUUUGGCCGACUUGCUGGUCAUCCUGGUCUGCGUCCCUGUGGCCACGAUUGUCUACACACAGGAGAGCUGGCCCUUCGAGCGCAACAUGUGUCGCAUUAGCGAGUUCUUCAAGGACAUUUCGAUUGGAGUCUCCGUCUUCACGCUGACCGCGCUCUCUGGCGAACGCUACUGCGCCAUUGUCAAUCCGCUACGCAAGUUGCAGACCAAGCCGCUGACUGUCUUCACGGCCGUCAUUAUCUGGGUGUUUGCCAUUAUGCUGGGCAUGCCCUCGUUCGUUGUCUCGGACAUCCAGAGCUACAACAUAACCACGCCCAACGGCAACAUAACCAUUGGAGUCUGCUCUCCAUUUCGAUCCAAGAUUUAUGCAAAAUACAUGGUGGUGGCCAAGGCGUCCAUCUACUAUUUGGUGCCACUGUCCAUCAUCGGCGUGCUAUACAUCAUGAUGGCCAAGCGACUCCACAUCAGCGCCCGCGACAUGCCCGGCGAGCAGCUGAGCAUCCAGAGCCGCAGUCAGGCGCGGGCUCGCCGCCAUGUCGCCCGCAUGGUGGUGGCCUUUGUGGUCGUGUUCUUCAUUUGCUUCUUUCCAUAUCACGUAUUCGAGCUGUGGUACCACUUCUACCCGACGGCCGAGGACGACUUCGACGACUUCUGGAAUGUGGUGCGCAUCGUGGGAUUUUGCACCAGCUUCCUCAAUUCGUGCGUUAAUCCUGUGGCGCUCUACUGUGUGUCCGGCGUGUUUCGGCAGCAUUUCAACCGUUAUCUGUGCUGCAUUUGCGUCAAGCGGCAGCCCCAUCUCCGCCAGCACUCGACCGCCACAGGCAUCAUGGACACCAGCGUCACCUCUAUGCGUCGCUCCACCUAUGUGGGCGGUGGCAUCGCAGCUGGCGGGGCUAGAGAGGGUGGGCCGCGUGCCUCGGUGCACAUGAACAACAACCACGGCGUCAGCGGAGCUGCAGGCGGUCGUGGCGGCAGCUUCCAUCGACAGGACUCGAUGGCCUUGCAGCACGCAGGCAGCGUCAACGGGCACUCGCACAAUGCGAACGUGGGCGCUGGGGCUGGCAUCGGCCGAGCCUCCAUCAUCAAUGAGAAAAGGUGAGGCACACUGAUUGUGGAGCUGCUGGAGGAGGGCUCCACUUCCCAACAGGCCGACGCGCAGCUCUAAGCACUUGGCCCCUGAUCUCACUCACACAAUCGCUGUAUGUGCGCGUGGCUGUGUGUGUGAGUGUGUCGCACCCGCACUGCAAUUUAUACACACUCUCGCUAUGCUAAUUGGCAGUAAUUGUUGUGUUGAGCCCCAGCAUCACUGAAAUGGCAAUUGGCGUGUGUAUUAGCUUCGGCUAUAAGCCUAUGGGUGCUCUACAUAGCCAGCUGGCCUUUGUCCUUAGCCACUGACCAUCUGUGCACGUGUGUGUGGGCAUUGCACUAAUGUUAGUGAGCUACCCACAAAGGCCUGCUCAAGCUGAAAACGAACCUGAGCUAAGAGCGGAAAAGUACUCGAAUAUUCCAAUAGCCCUCGUGCUAUCCCCCACUUCAGCAAAGCUCCCUCUACGUGUAUCCCCGUAUUAAUCAUAUGUAAAUUCCAUGGCAAUUGUGAGGCUCAAUUCGUUGUAAAUAUAUAUAAUAAUUAUAAUCGCAAUACCCUCUGAUUCGGCGUACUCUAUGUGAUGUGGCAAAGUCCUAGUAAUUAAGAGGCAUUCAAUAUUAUAGAGCAUAUACAUUGAAAUUCGUAUCUGUUUUGUGCAAUAAAUAGACAUGUAGUAUACACACACAUACACAGAAAUAUGCAAUUCCACUUAAUGUAAACCCAUGUAGCUGCAAAAUAUUGUAUAUCAAUAGCUAUAAUGAAUAAUUAAGUGUACAAAAGUUAAUUGAUAGAUGUUUAGUUGUUGUUGCUUUCUGGUCUUGAAUCUGAUGUAAUCACAGCAGUACUAUAUGGUAGAGUUUUAGCUUUGCAGCAAAUGCUAAAGAAUCACCUCAGACUUAGAUGUAAAAACACUUUUAUUGAUAAGCAAAGAUUUCGCAAGAAGAGAGCAAAGUAUGUUAUUAUAAUUCUGUUAAAUAUUCCAAACUCAAUAAAUAUCUAUGUAAACAGUUUGUACUCUAUUUAUGGGCAAGCAAGCAGCACUCGAGGCAAGACGCAAUAUCUUCAUCAAGCGCUAUGACGAGCGGACUCGCUACUAGAUUCUAAAUAACAUCUGUUAGCUUCCAUUGAUGGGUGAAUCAGUAUGAGGGAAGAUGGUACUUUAGCCAUAAAUUAUGGCAUUUCAAACGGUUUUUCGAUUUAAUGUGUUGUUUUAGCUGUAAGUAAAGAGAUAAUGAUUACCGAAAUGUAUACGAUGUGUCAAAUCAGCACUGAAUGGACUACAAAUAAAAUGUGAAAAACAA